GCGCUGACGGACAAAAAAGUUGAGGCCAAGUCUUAAAGAAUCGAUAUUCCUUCCGGCCUCGACCGCGAUAUCCCAUUUCUGUUCUUAGAAUUGUGUUUGGUCGUUUCAUUUGUUUUUAGAGAUAAUGUCUGACGAGUCGUCGACCAAUAGCGCUCCAACGCCUGGCACUCCCAAGGUCAGCACUCUAUCACUGACCGAAUAUGCGGCAACCCCAACGCCUCCCAACGAGCGGAGUGAGCAAGUCCCUUCCGGACUGCAUCGAGACUGGCAGAUCCCGGAGGCUUUUCUUCUUCCCAAUGGAUACCCUGAUUAUCUCCGUUUGAUCCUCACAUCCCGCGUCUACGAGGUUUUGGACGAGACCCCGCUUCAACAUGCAGUGAACCUGAGCAACAGGCUUGAAUGCAAGGUGCUCUUAAAGCGGGAGGAUCUGCUGCCGGUUUUUAGCUUCAAGCUGCGCGGAGCUUACAACAAAAUGGCUCAUCUGAGUCCAGAACAGAGAUGGAAGGGUGUCAUUGCGUGUUCAGCAGGUAAUCAUGCGCAGGGCGUCGCCUACUCCGCUCGCAAAUUGAAGAUCCCCGCCACUAUUGUGAUGCCGUCCGGUACACCCGCUAUCAAGCACCUCAACGUUUCCCGCCUAGGCGGUACUGUGGUGCUUCACGGAAACGACUUUGAUGCAGCUAAGGAGGAGGCCCAUCGCUUGGAGAAAGUGCAUGAUCUCACGAACAUUCCUCCCUUUGACGAUCCCUAUGUUAUCGCUGGUCAAGGAACUAGCGGUAUGGAGCUGCUACGCCAGGCCAAUUUGCAAAACCUGGAGGCAGUGUUCUGCUGUGUCGGUGGAGGUGGAUUGAUCGCCGGUGUUGGAGUGUAUAUUAAGCGCAUCGCGCCACAUGUCAAGGUUAUCGGAGUCGAGACUUACGAUGCCAAUGCGAUGGCCCAGUCCCUCGAGAAGGGCGAGAGGGUCACACUAAAGGAAGUCGGACUAUUCGCCGACGGUGCAGCUGUCAAGGCCGUUGGCGGGGAGACCUUCCGUAUCUGCCGCGAGGUCGUGGACGAGAUCAUCCAGGUCAGCACUGAUGAAACAUGCGCCGCCAUCAAGGAUGCUUUCGAGGAUACUCGUUCUAUCGUGGAGCCUGCGGGUGCGCUUGCUAUUGCAGGUCUGAAGAAAUAUGUUGCGAAAUACCCAAACCCGGAUCCAAAGCGGGAGUUGGUUGCUAUCACUUCAGGCGCCAACAUGGACUUCAACAGGCUCAGAUUCGUCGCCGAGCGGGCUGCCUUGGGAGAGAGAAAGGAGGCACUGCUCAGCGUCACCAUUCCCGAGUGCCCUGGCGCGUUUGCUAAGUUGAUCGAGGUCAUUAUGCCCCAGGCUGUUACCGCGUUCAGCUACCGUUACGCCACUGCAGAGUACGCUGAUAUACUCAUGGGUAUCUCACUAUCUGCUUCGACUAGUAGAACCGACCUGGCCAGUAUCGUUGCCGAACUGGCGAAGAACGGCAUGGCCGCCACCGAUCUCAGUGACGACGAAUUCGCAAAGACUCAUCUGCGUUACCUAGUCGGUGGUCGCAGCACCGUUAAGGAUGAGCGCCUCUUUAUGUUCCAGUUCCCCGAACGCCCUGGUGCUCUGGCCAAGUUCCUCACCACUCUCCGUCCCCACCAGAACAUCUCUCUCUUUCAUUACCAGAACUAUGGUGGAGAUGUUGGCAAAGUGUUGGCAGGUAUCCAGUGUCCGGACCAUGAGAAGACCGAACUGGAGGCCUUCCUCCGUGACCUCGGGUAUCCUUUCAGCGAGUGCACGGAUUCCCCCACCUACCAGAGGUUCUUGCGCGAUAUCUAGAUCAUCUAGAGAUCUUCGUCUGUCUGUAUUCAUACGACUUCACACGACCAGUCCGCUUUUCAACAAGUAUUGUAUCUGGCAAUGGAAUUCAACGGCCGAAGAUGUAUUCUGCAUGUGGAAGAUUUGCUUGGCGUUAGGGUUAAAGGGGAUUAGUAUCUGUCCUGUAACUAUAGAAAUUGCAUCUUCUUUGACUAGAAUUUAUAGUGAUAUGCUCAGUACAUAAGGACUCC